AUGUUUAUAAAAAAUUGUUAUUUAAAAGUAACUAUAAAAAAAUUAAACUAUACUAAUUCUCUUGUCUCAUCUAAUUGUUUUAAUCAAAAAAAUGAAAUAAAAAAUACUAUUCCUUUUUCUGAUUGUAAAACAAUUAUAACAAUAGCUGUUGACUCAUCAAGUGACUCUUUAUUAUCAAUAUUAUUUUCUGACUAUGAGUUAAAUUUAAUUAAAAAUAAUAUUACUGCUAAUUGGGUUGAUUUUUCUAAUGUUAAUCUUGUAUGGUAUUCAGGAACACCAACUGUUCGAAUGACCACUGGAACAAUGGAAACAAAAUCAAAUUUUGAUUAUAUUUUAACUUUAAUAAAACAAACUAGUGGAUCAAAUCUUAAUAAAUUAACUGAAAAGUUAUUAAAUAUACCUCAGGUGUCCGAUGACAAUGUAUCAACAUUUAUUUUUAUUGCUCAAUAUUAUAAUAAUGAUUAUGAAUCAACUUAUCAAAAUAUACAAAUGUUAAAACAAAAAGGUUCAGUUAAUUUUAUAAUUUUAGGAAAUGUUGUCAAAACAGAAGAUUUAGAAUCACUGAAUCCAUCUAAUAUAUUUUAUUGGAAUUUUGAUACUAAAUGUAUUCCAUUAAUUUUACAGUUUUUUCAAAACUCUUUAAGUUGUAACAAUUGA